UUAUAACAGUUCCAAAAAUGUCAAAAAGAUUCAGUGAAUCUUGGAUCAAAAAUCCAAAUGAAAACAGGCUUGUGCAGUUCUUGGAAACAACUGGGAACUGAUAUGUCUGAAGCAGGACCGGCGUCGAAACAGCAAGGCAUUAUAUGUAAUAGAAAAAUGAGAGGGAGGGUUAUACAAAACACCCACAUCAUGGUAGUCAGGAGAGACUCAACCCACAGCACACAAGAAGGAAAGAACAUGCAAGAGGAUAUUGAAGAAGCUCCAGUUCUCCACAUUUCUCCUUAUGAGCAGACCCUGGACACUUAAUAUACACAGAAAAGACACACAAGAGGAAACUUAAAAAAUGGUUUCCCAAAUGGGAAUAGGAGGGACUUCCACACAAGGCUAUGAGUCCAUCAGAGCUUCCUCCGUCAUUAAAAAUCUGUAAUAAGACACCUGCCGCCACCACGACCGCCACCUGCUUUCUCCAGAUGUCCCAAGAUGGGUAGUGUCAGCAGUCUGAUAUCAGGCCAUAGCCUUCACGGCAAACACUGCAAAGCCUCUGAACACAAACUCAGAAAAGGGCUUCAUUCUAAGAAAGCGGGCCGUAGCUUGGAUGGCCUUCUGAAGUAUGGCUUCUCUCAGGACCAUAGCGGCACCAACAACAACUCAAAAGCCAACUAUCGUUCAGGCAAAAACGACGACUUCUUUUACAUCAAGGUCAGCAACAAACCCCGAGCUGGUGUCCGUAACAUAAACACGGCUGAGGAGAGUCAAGAAACAUCAGCUGAGGUGGACAGGAACGGAGGGCCACCAGAAUUAGUUCCAGUGUCUGGGAAACUAGAAAAGAGCAUCGAGAAGGAUUUGAUUCGUCCCACCGCCUUCAUACCAGUCCUUCCUCGCAACAGCAGUUCCUCUGUAGAGACCCAUAACAGCCUAAGUACUAUACUGGGCAGGAGAAUCAGUCCCACAGACAGACUCAAAGAUCUUCAAGACCCAAAGCAAGAGACAAAUUUUGGAACUUACUCGGACUCUGGAAGGAACUCGAUGUCGAGUCUUCCUACCCACAGCACCAGCGGCAGCAGUCAGAUGGAUAACCUAAGCACUUCAACGGGCCACACGGUGCGCCAUGGAGGCCCGGUCAACGAGGUGGACACUGUUCAGAACUCACAGAGUUGUGUACCAGGUGUGAAUGGAAACACCGGUUGGAUGUGUAGUGGAACUAAUAUGAUCAGUGGAAACUGUUGGCUCAAUGGGAACAGUGACACAAACAAAAGUACUGAAUCCACUAGGGCUAAUACGAGAUCCAUUGGAGUCCUAAGUGAAAACGCUGUUGCUGGAAUGGGUCUGAACAGGGAAAUAACCACUGCAGGGUUGACACUCUCAUCCGUCGAACCCAGGCUCAAUUUCUCUGGAAGCCAAGAGGGGCUUAUGGAACACAGAUUUACGGUUCCGGAACCGACAACUUCGGGCGGAUGCAUCCGAUCACCAAUUUCCACGGAUGAAUCACUGAUACAGCAGCUGGAGCGGAAACUUCUGGAUCGUGAAAGCGAGUUGGCGGACUUACAGACAAGCCUUGAGGAGAAAGAGUCAGACACAUGUCAGCUGUUUGAGGAGAAGCAACGCUACUGCGCCGAGGAGAUGGAGGGGCUGAAGCAACGCUGUUCCAUGAAGCUCCGUCAAGUGUCGCAAAGGGCUGUGAGAUCCCAGCAGUUAUUGCAGAUGCAGGUGAUCCAGCUACAGCAAGAUAAGGAACGUCUACAGGAAGAGGUGGACCAGCUUAACCAUGACAGAGUCACGGCGGAAAGCCGUCUCCGUACAUAUGAGACCCAGAAAAAACAUCUAGCACCCACGCUAGAAGAGACACAGUGGGAGGUGUGCCAGAAGUCAGGUGAGAUUUCACUGCUAAAGCAGCAGCUCAGAGACUCCCAGGCCGAGGUCGGCAACAAACUGAAUGAGAUCGUCAGCCUUAAAGCUUCUCUCAGGGACUUCAAAAACAAAAUGGAAGAACUGGAGCAGAAAAACAAGGACCACGAGGAAGCUCUUCGCCAACGAUGUGCUGAGAUUGAGGUAUGCAGAAACGAGUUUCAAAGAAAGAAGAAUGAAGCUGACCUUCUCCGUGAAAAGGUGAACAAGCUGGAAACAGACAUCAAGGGAAUGAAGCAGGACCUUGCCGUGGCCAAAGAGGAGCAACAGCAGCUAAUGACCAUGAGAGCCAAAGUGGAGGAGCAACAGCUGCAACUGAGGUUAAGCCAAGCCAGGAUGGAGGCCUUUGCCUUUGGUCAAGGCAAAAUGAGGGCCCAGGAGGGAACGGGAGCCGGCAAAAUGCUGAAUCAGAACGGUGGGACAUCAGACGUGGAUACCCUACAAAAGGAGGUGGAACGGCUCAGGGGGGAAUUGAAAGAGGAGAAACAAAAGAAACAUAAGAUGAUGAAUAGCUUCCAGCAGGAGAGACAAACAUGGAAUAAAGAAAAAGAUAAAGUAAUCAGAUACCAAAAGCAGCUGCAGUACAAUUAUCUGCAGAUGUACAGAAAAAACAAAGACCUGGAGAAGAUUUUGAAGGAGCUGACGGCUGAGAUGGACAACAGGACAGAAAUGGACAUGGACAGCCCUGACCUGAACUUUGAGAAGGUUGUAGCUACGGCGAUAUGAGGUCAUUGUUUAUCACAAUCACCUUUAUGGUCCUACAAAGGUGAAUGUACUAGUCAUGGCAAAAUGUGUCAUGGCAAAGGAGGAUUGAUAUACGUUGGAUCUCCAAAGCAAGAGUGCAGAUUUUGAAAAAAUGGAAGAAGGGAAGGAUCAUCAAGAGUAAAACAUCACUUGUAUAAACCACUGAAACCUUUUCUUCUUUAAGAUCUCACAUCAAUGAAAAUCUGAUAUUACUUAUGUGUGCUUCUAAGCAGGUUCCUGUUAAUCUGUGCAGACCCAACCAAAGGCUUUACCUCCCUCACACAUCCAAACUAUUAGCAUUUUCUGCCUAAACCUUAAGCAGUUAUACAGUCGGUAAAGAGUUGUGAAUGUUUUAUAUGCUGUAAUUGCUAUUUUUGCACUCAUUCUCUUUUAUAAUAUAAACACCUUCACCAAUGUCUUCUUGGCAGACAGGCUUAUAUAAAAAAAUGUGUGUAGGGGGAUAUACACAGCAGCUCAUGAUGUAAAGAAAAAGCACUGUUCACAAACCAAUCCACAUGCACCCACACUGCAUACGACACUAUGCACAGUCUAGUCAUUAAAUAUUCAUACAUAUUAAUUUCAUACAUCCUUAAAUAAGAAUGAGCACUUCAGCACAUAAGUGACCAGUGGCUGGUUGCAUAAACUUCUAAGACUAGUCUUAAAAGUUAGUCAUGUAUUAUUUUUCUUCAAGACUGUUUUAAGUAUCUUACCUAAAAAGGUAGACUGGUCUAAUUUAAAUCCAAAAAGUCAGACUCGUUCUUAAGAAGCAGUCUUAACUUCACAGCUAUGUUUAUGCAACCGGUCACGGUACUACAUUAUCUAAGCAACUAUACUAUCUUCAACAACAUGCUAAAGUUUAAAAGUAUGGUUAAGAAAGUAAAAUAACAGACCUGCGGUCAUCUGUGAUUGUGUUUGUCAAAGCAUUGCUAGCAGAAUUAUCUGGAUUACAGUUUCAUGGUAACAUUCAAUUAAUUUAAUAUGAAUUAAGCUAUAGUAUAGAAAACUAUUACUGUACUUUCCGGACUAUAAACCGCACUGGAAUAUAAGCUUUAUCAUUCAAAAAUGCGUCAUUAAGACGAAAUAACAUAUAUAAGUCACAGUGGACUAUACGUCGCGUUUAUUUAGAAAAUUAUUUCACAAAAUCCAAGCCGAAGAACAGACAUUUAAUCUGGAAAGGCAAGUUAUUCAACUAAACAAUAGCAGACAGAACAGCAGGCUGAAUAGAUGUCUGUACGUUAAAGUAAUAUUAUCAGUUAUUUAAACGAUAAACCAUAGCAUACAGAACUUACCUGGAAGGUUGACUAGGUUAAAUUAACCGAACAAGCCAACUAGCGUGAAGUUCGCAUACUCGUCAUUCCACAUUACUGAAUCCAUUGAAUUACAAAAAUACAGAAGCUGCAUAUGGGGGACUCUCGCGGCUGUAGACGGUAAUGAUGUUUCUUGCCUCAUAAAUGUCAAAAUAAAUUCAUACUGACUUACAAGGCGCACCUGACUAUAAAACGCAGAACCAGCCAAGUUAUGUAAUUAACACGGAUUAUAGACCGAAAAAUACGGUAAAAGGCAUCACUUAUCUACAAAUUCUAUGAAUACAAACGAUUUAAAUUAAUUGUACAAAAAAUUAGGGCAUCAGGUCACAUUAUAUUCUAAGUGAACAUCCUACUACAUCUAUGAAGAACAGAAACAAUUUUGUUUAAAAUAAUUUUCAUUUUUUCUAAACUUGUAGCAUCAUAAUUAUUGACGUGACAUGCAAGAACCAAUAGCAUUGUGUCUUAACGUUAAACAUGUGUGAUUACAAUGACAAAAUGAUAAGUAAAUGACGAGCUACCAUCUACGUCAAAAAAUUAGAUAAUUAUAUUACCCGAAUACUCUUGGAACGUAUUAUAUGUUCAUUAAAUAUUUUUGCUUAAAAUCCGCUUAAUUGCGCCCUAAGGCCAUUCAAAAAUACCGGUGUGUUGGCAAAAUCCAUUAAGAGUCUGAUAAAAUGUUUAUUUACAGGAAAACACAUCAGAUGCACUUAGAAGUGGACCUUACUUUCCCUUAAAAAUAGUAGAGAUGAAAAGUUGAGUAUAACAUUAUAUAACAUUUGCUUUUAGCGUGACAAUAGUAAUACUCUCUUAUACUCCAUACAUGUGGCAGUUCUGAAUUUUAAUUAAAUAUUACUUUAAAACUGUAGUGUGGACGUCACCCAUAGGUUCCUGAAGAUCGUUUUUAAAGCCAAUAGUAGGCGGUGUCUACCGACGGCAUCUUGGCCGCGCGUCCUUGUGCAUCACUCGCGUAUAUCCGAAAAUGUGUAAAGGGGCGGGACGUGGGUGAAGCUGAGGUGGUUGGUUGCUGAAACCACGCCCGUCUAGCUCGACUCUAGUGACAGCAGUGGCUGUUCAACCAUCACUCAAGUGGCCACGCCCUUAAUUAUGCCAAACUUUAAAGCUUAAUAUAAUUUAAACGGAUGAGUUACAAAAGAAUUCACCCCUUACAGUUGUCAUGAAGGGCAAAAUUAGCUAUACAGACCAAAAACAAUUUUCUGUACCAGGCUGUAAACAUAUUUUUUUCUGCUCUAAAGAUGGGCAUUUUAACAUGUGGGUCUAUGGGAAUUGACUCCCUUUUGGAGCCUGCCUCUAGUGGCCAGUCAAUGAAUUGCAGUUUAAAUCACUUCCGUAUUGACUUCGGAAGACUGAGAGAUCGGAAAGUUGACCUUCAGUACAAACACAUUAAAAAGUACAAAACAAGCAGAUGCUAGUGUUGAAACAGUGUUCAUUUAGAGCAUUUGAGCAGUUUUUUUACCUUUACAUAAACAUACGUGCACGGUUGAACGAACAGCCUUGUUUAUAUGACUCGUACAUGUACACAGUGCAAUGCAUCUCCUGGGCUACAUACUACAUUCUCCUGUAAGCACACGCGCAACCUAAACAUACAAAUGAUGUGCGGUUAGCGGUGCAGGUACAUUGCGUGCGUACUAUUCUGAUGAGGAAAUUUGCAUUACGGGCAUUGUACGUGGACCCACGCGUAUGCAUAGAAACGGGACUAUACUUCUAGCUUAACUCUACCAACAACACUGUACUAACAAAAUCUGAUUCAUUUAGUAUGGCACAUAGUGUGGCUGCUCUAAACAUAAACGCUCAUAAAAGAAGGCAUCUCAAAAAAAAAACGACUGAUGAGACCAGUGUUUCAUCAUGCAAUAUUUUUCAAAAAGCUGCCUUUUCAUCCUGAGAGCUUCCAUGAGUCUUAAUUUGGUGAAAUUAAAAACUGAGGAUGGGUGGAUAAUCAUAUUUUUGAUGGUGAUGGGUGGUUGUGGGAUGUAAGACUUGCAUUUGACUACAUGUAUGUGUUGUAUAUUUCUUAUUUAUUUAUUUUGAUUAAAUAAAUGAAGUUUUUCAGUA